ACUAGUAGGGUUCUGCGGCUUUUGUUCGUGUCUCCUUCGUUCUAAGCCCCGCCUCUUAGACCGGUUUUACCAAUGAAAGUGCGAUUUGUUUUGAAUGAAGCCCCGCCCCGCCGUGCCCGAACCUCCCAUCGCUAUUAAUUCCUUUUACUCUCACGAACCGGUAACAAGGAGAUCGUUCAAAUGUAUAUAAAAAAGCUCCCGCUCUGAGCCGUGAUUGGCAGCGCCGGUUGAGAUCGCUCGUGCUGAUUGGCCAGCAAGGAACGAGGAGUUAAAGAGCUUGGGGGAACUUGGUAGAGGAAGCUGAAGGGUGACUCUGUAUCUGAAUGAACAGGGAGGUGUGGGAUACGGGUCCAAAGGGUCAUCGUGGGGGCUGCAGGUACAGCUGACUGUUAUGAGUGAUGCAAAUGAAGUUCAAAUGCAGAUUACACCAGAGACACCUGGAGAGCUCCCUGUUCAAAACCCGUUUGAAAGUCCAAGUGAUUACAGCCAUCUGCAGGAUCAGAUUGUGUCAAGUCCAACAGUGUUUAAAUCCACAAAAUCCACUGUGACGCCAGGAAAAUUUAGAUGGUCUAUAGAUGAACUUGCUUUAAUAAACCCUGUGGAAAUAGACUCUGAAGACAUACGGCGUCAAGCAUUGUAUUUAAGCCAAGCAAGAACAGAUAAAGAGAUGGAAGAAAAAAGACAAAAAGCCAUUGAAGAGUUUUUCACCAAAAGUAUCAUCGUUCCAUCUCCUUGGCCUGAUCACAGUGGGAAACAGGUUUCUCAAUUUAAUUCAACUCGAUGUAUUGAUCUAAGUAAUGCUUCACCAGUUGGGAGAGACGUUGUUGUGCAUCCUGGGAAAAACAAUGCUGCUUGCCAGACAGUAUUAUCUCUGCCUGUAGAUUUUGACAUGGAAAAAAUACUAGGUGACUAUUUUAAACCUGAUGAAUUAGCCGACCAGUCUCAGGAAAGCUUGAGUACUUCAUCGUUGAGGAGAAAACUUUUUUUAGAUGAGAAUGGAAGCCUCUCAUCUGAGAACUUCUCCCCGUCUCAAAGUCCGCACAGUAUUCCAGCCUCCCUUGGGGUACUAUGUUCAAUAGACAUCUCUCCAGUCCGCUGUAGGAGUCCUCUAAAUACAUCUAGCCCGGGCCAGUUUUCCUCCAGCCCUAUUCGGGGAGGUUCAAGGACCUGUAGUCUGGGAAGUCUACCCAGUCCUUCCUUUCCAGAGAGAAGUCCUGCCAAUGUUCCUUCUCCGACUUUCUCUCCUAUUGGUAUUCAAAUAAGAAAGACACCACUGUCAGAACAAAGGCAGUUUACUUUUCGCUCCCCAGACGUUCCUUCUGUUUCGAACACAUGCCGACCAGCUCCAGGUGGGACCAGGAAUACUUAUACAGAACACUCCCCGUUAAAAAGUUGCUCUCCCAUGAGACUUGUAGCAUGCAGAGGAACCACACUUUAUCAGACCUCCCUCAUUCGUCUGCCUUCUACACCUGAAAGUUUCAGUGAGGAGCAGGAGGGGGCGAAGGCUUUGUCUGCAGAAGUGGCCUUGCCAGCAGAGUCGAAAGUCAAUCUGCAUCAAUUGAAUGGGGAUGCUUUUGCACAUAGUACCCAUUUGGUGGUUGCCAGAGUGUCCAUUUCACCUGACCUGUCUGAAGCCCACAAACAAAGGUUGCUGUUGCUCCAUGACGCUGAUAGUUUCAAGGAAAACCAUACAGUGGAUAUGGUUGAUCCAGAGAUGUUGGAUGUGAACUCGGUGAAGGGAUUGGCUGAAAACUGUGGCAUGCCAAUGGCUGGCUUUAGUAUUGAAGGGUCUUGCAUGUGCAUGUCACCUCUAGCUGAAAGCAGUGCCAGUCCCUGCGAGAGCAGUAGCAUACAGGUGGAUAGUGGUUACAGCACUCAGACUUGUAGUAGCAGUCUUAUGGAUACAGUUGGAGCUGAGACCAGUUGCAGAGAGAAUGAUACACGCAUUUAUGAGAAGAAAUCUCUGGUUUUCAAAACAAAGCAAGGAAAAACCAUUCCUAAAUAUUGGACUGAAAGCGAGCCCGCUAGUCAAUCCAGCUGCAAUCUUAUAGAAAUGCCCUUGUCAAAGUGAUUUGCACAUCUCUUUAUACAGCUUCUGUGGAGCAACUGUUCACAAUGGAGCUGAAGUGGUGUUCUCGAGAUGCAUGGAAGACUAGACUGGCACAAUUGCUUUCCACCAUCAAGAUGACUAAGCAAAUAAUGUGAAAACUACCCAUCUGAUAGCUUACAGCCUGAUCAUCAACCCCCUAGUACCUGGGGAGCAGGCAGGACUGCUGAGAUGCUGCUUGUGAGAACUGAUGCUGUUUUGUGGGGGUGUUCACACGGCUACCAUGACUUGCACAAAAUACCCAUGAUUCCCAGGUGGAGAUUUAGUUCUUGUAAAAGGCACUUCAAAUACCACAUGCCUAAAGUUGGUUCCCUAUCCUCCAAGAUAUGCACACGGCUGCUAUGUCUGAACUAUACAACAACAAAAAUGACAGCACCAAUAGGAAGAACUUGCUUAUGUUGUUUUCUGUGAAAAUAAAUAGUGGUAGUUAUAGGUAACAAUUGGCGUUUUCUUCUUAUGCAAAGAAUCAUAUCUGUGAAACAGUGCAUUAUUUUCUAAUAGUGCUUUUUCCUUUUUUAUCACACAUACAGAAAUUGAUUUCUUAAACAAAACUAUGCUUUGUUUAUAACUACAUAUCCCACAUUUAAAUAUAUAUAUGUGAACACUGAUUGCAUAUUUUAAUUUUUUUCAAUAUUGGAAUGAAACAAUGUUAAUCAAAUGUAAUAAAGGCUGAAAGUUGUAUCUCUAAUGACUCAAGUGAGCAGUGGGGGUGGGGAGAGUGAUCUAUUUGCUGGCAAUGGCAAGAAAUUGACUGCAGAAGGAUUUAUUUAAACGCUUUUCCACUUGUGAUAUGAGCCACCCAUCUGUGUAGACUACACAAUCUAGAGUCAAGUUUACCGUCUCUGAUAGUACAGCUUUAACACUAAACACACUGGUGGUUCCUUAUUCUAUCAUGUUAAAUAUUUAUUGCACCUAUAGCACAGAAGUAAACCUAUUCUGGACAGACCUCUACAGUUUCCCAGCUAAAGAAAAUACCAAUGUGUAUGCAAUUCAGAAGCCGUAUUUAAACUAUAGACCAUCCAGCAGUCUAGCAAACAGCCACCUCUUUGGCUGCUAUAGCAGGAUAUCCAGAAAAUAGUUUCUCCAGCAUAUAUAUUACACUCACUGAAGUCUGGAAAACAUGAAACAAGUACUGUGGAAAAAACCUUGUUAUUUCCUCUUUACUUUUGUUCUACAUGAAUAGUUUUAGUCAAUUUCACUGUUCUAAGAUAGUCAUGUCUGUAGUACCACAAUUUGCCAUUUUUUUUAAAGAGGG